ACUAUAAAUACAGCAAAAUAAACAUGAUUCAUUUUUUCGUUCCCAAUUUUCUCACAUAUACACCCCCCAACUUUCAUUUCAUUUCGCUCGUUCUUCUUCCUCUUCCCAAGAAUCAGUGCUUAGUGGUUGAUUACAUCAGAAGGACUUCAUUUAUCACAAGUUACCAAGGCCAAGUUUCAUGUCUGAGUUUGACACAAACAUCCCAACAACUUAUGAUCCCUUUGCUGAGGCAAAUGCUGAGGACUCAGGUGCCGGGACAAAAGAAUAUGUUCAUGUCCGUGUACAGCAGCGUAACGGAAGGAAAAGCUUAACAACUGUUCAAGGGUUAAAGAAAGAGUUUAGCUAUAGCAAGAUACUCAAGGACCUGAAGAAAGAGUUCUGCUGUAAUGGUACUGUUGUUGAGGACCCUGAGUUGGGACAGGUCAUACAACUUCAGGGAGAUCAAAGGAAGAAUGUUUCUACUUUCCUUGUGCAGGCGGGAAUUGUAAAGAAGGAGAAAAUCAAGCUUCAUGGUUUCUAAGAGGAAUCAACAGUGUGCAAUUUAGCUUCAUGUUAAAUAUUUAGCAUGCAGACUACAGUCAAUAUAAUCUGAAUUCAAGUAAUCAGUCAUAGCAACAUCUUAUAGUCAAGAGUUUUGUAUAAUAUAUUCUACAUAUUUUGGAUCAGUAUAUGCUAGGUUAUGAUAAGGACUAAUGUCUGCCUCUACGACAGAUACCUUGAAUAAAUUUGUCGUAAUUUCUACCCAUUCGUGCCUGAUUGCUGUGUUUUGUGUCCUUGAAAUGCACAACUUUUGACUGCUGUGAAAA